CAAACUAAGGUGCUAUAUAGACGUUAUCAGUUCCAUUCGAUCUCGAUCGGUAAUAGUGACAACUCCACUUUCCAAAAAAAGGAAAAUGAAAAUAUUCGCGAUUAUACUCAUAUUCAUCACGUCCUCCGUCAUUGGUGUCCGAAGAAUCCCAGUUCGUCUAAGGUUUGGUAACAUAGUUGCAUCCUCAGCCCUAAGUUACAAUGGUUUAAAAGUUACAGCUGAUAUUGAAGGCUUUGCCACUGGUCAGGUCAAUGUUAACAACGAUGGUCUCGCUGGUGCUCUAUCUCUUGGUGAUAUAGCAAAAAUUAACGGUGCUGUUAACGAAAAUGGUUUCAAUGCAAAUGCUGCUGUUGAUGGCACAGACACUAUAGUUCGUAUUGACAAAGAUGGUGUCAAUGCUGUAGCUGUUGUUGGUGAUAUAGCAAAAAUUACCGGUGAUGUUAACGAAAAUGGUUUAAAUGCAAAUGCUGCUGUUGAUGGCACAGACACUAUAGUUCGUAUUGACAAAGAUGGUUUCAAUGCUGAAGCUGUUGUUGGUGAUAUAGCAAAAGUUACCGGUGAUGUUAACGAAAAUGGUUUCAAUGCAAAUGCUGCUGUUGAUGGCACAGACGCUAUAGUUCGUAUUGACAAAGAUGGUGUUGAUAUUGCUGCUACUCUUCUAGGGACAACAGUUUUAUAAUAUGCUUUUGUACGCAGACGACGAGACUUUUUAAUAUGUCUUAUCCCUUAGGAUAAGGGCCUUAUCCCUUAGCCGAGCACUGCCUAUUUACUUUUGGUUAAGUGCUCAGUUACCCAGUAGACUUGAUUUUUUAAAUAAAUUUUAGAAUGUGUAAAGCUGCAAUCAUCAAAAAAUCGCGCUUUUUGCUCUGAAUAAUAGUGACUGAAUGAUUUUCUCAAUAGAUUUUUGUAGUUGUAACAAAAAUAUUAUAAAAUGGUCUUGCUCAAAGAAGCUCUUUGUCUCGUUUUGUCAUAGAUUUGUUCACUCCACAUUCAAAAACAUUUCAGAAUAAAGUGAACUUUUCAAACAAA